UGUGUAAAAGUGUAUUGUACUGUCUAUAGUCAAAUUUAUUGUCUGGGUUUUAUGUGUUUUUCUUACACCAAUCAGGAGCAGCGCUGCUAAUUUCGUUGUAUGCAGGACAAUACAAUGACAAAGGAAUUCAAUUCAUUUAUUUUCUGGUUGUUUUCAUAUGUUGUGAAUGUAAAACAUGUACAUAAUUAAUGUUCCUUUAUGAACACGUGAGUUCACUGCCGACCAAUCAAGAGAGCGAACGUCAAGCAUGGGAAGACUGGCGGGAAAACAGAGGAGCUGUGAGCAGACGCGACUCUCCUAUCUGCUCAUUUUAUCGUGUUUUUACAGACACUGAAUACAGAAGAUGGACGGACAAUAUCGUGUUCUCUUUGUUAAUGAGAUGAGGGCAAAUCUUAUCCAGAGGGUUUCCUUAGUGCUGCCUCUGGCUGAUCAACUGUUGCAAAACAAUCAUAUCCAUAAAGAGACAUAUAAUAUAAUCAGCUCAGGACAAACCACCCAAGACCAGAUGAGAGAACUCUACAAUGCGUUAAACACCAAAGCAAGCAAAUCUGCAUUUUAUGAAGCCCUGAUGGAAACAGAUCCUAACCUUCUUGAAGAACUGGAGCAGAUAUUCCAGGCCCAAGGUUGAGCUGGUGAGAAAACACGUAUAGAGAGGUGUGCCAACAUGUGCCCGCUUGGCACUAAUAAAACCAACACACACCCACACACAGAUACAGAGAUCCACCUAUGGGAAGGGCAUCCGUUCCUGACCUCUACAGAAGCAUCCAAUUGCACCAAGUCUGGCUUGACUGACAGGAGCUGCCUUUCCUCAGGUCACUUUCGCUUCUCGCGACUUCUGCUCCUACCUCACAGCUCCCUGGUAUUUUUUGGACUGCACUUUUGUCUUCAGGAGGACAUCUCGUUUUAUCAACCUCUGCCGGACGUGCUCGUCCUCAGUCAGGUUAGCUUUGCGAGCCGCCCACGCUUGCACCCCCCUUUUUUUCUGUAGGCUGCCCGCCUGCUUUUUUGCCUUUUUUCCCUUCCUGUGGCACUCUCAAAAGCAGCUCCAGCUACUCCGGUGGACAACCUAUCGCGAGCCUGCCCGGCCGGUUUCGGGGAUGAGGGCUCGGAUGACGAGGCCAUCCCGUCUUCCACGGUCCCUCAGGCUCCCCCCGCCCCACCUCAAUCGGUGCUGUUGGAGCUUUGUGAACGUGCUGCCACUCGCCUCAACAUUGAAUGGCCGGCUCUCCUGAACACUUUGGAUCAGGAGAGGGAUGUGUAUGACGGUAAAUUCUGGGGCCUCCUGCCGGCCCGAGGAAGCUGCUCCUGCCCGUCCUCCCUGCCUGUGCAAAACAUGAGGUAUUGCUGGGGAUAUCCGCUUAUCUAAAACACAGUAUUGUGGGGCUUGAGGUGAAGGAUAUGGCGGGUCUGGGCAUGGGUGAUCCCCCCGUGAUUGAGCCUUCCAUCGCCAGACACCUUAACUCAUCCCAGGGAUGGCUGCUCGCCCCACCCAAGUCCGUCCUCCCGGGUAAGAUGGAUCGUUUCUCGCGUCAAUCCACCAGGCAUCAUAUAAAGCCUCAGCUCCUCGCUGUUGUCCGCAUAUCAGGCUGAACUCCCAUCUUGAUUUGGGCCAGCAGCUGGAGAGUGGGUCGCCAUCCCCCGAUCUCUGGAAGGAGAUCGUCACGGUCAAUGACCUCGUCCUCCGCAAUGCCCGUCAGGCUGUCCAGGCUAGCGGGCGUUCUAUGGCUUUUUAUGUGGUCGGAGAACGUGCGCUGUGGCUCAACCUCUGGUCUCCCCGAUAGUGAGAAGCGUCGCAUCACUGGGGCGCCAGUUGAACCAGGUCAAGCUCUUUUCGGCCCAACCGUUGCGCUGAUGCAGCAGCGCUGCAUUGAUAAGAAGAAGGAGGACGAGGACUUCAAACCAUCUGGGCGGCCGCCUAACACUCCUGCUGCGGGACGCCAGUCCCAUUACGCUGGCAGGUCCAACAAACCCCGUGGGAAACCACAGGUUCAGCAGGGUCCCUCCCCCGCACCCCCCCCCCCCCCACCGACCUGAUGUUCGGCCUCUGGGGGUCUUCAGUCCGUGUUCAUGGGCGGCUAGCCCUCCGGACACCUGUUCUACCCUCCAGGUUCACCCGUCCAAGAAGGUCUCCUUCGACGAGGUCAGCCCCCCCUCACUGGCGAGAGUUAACCUUUGCUCCGCACAAGGCUUCACCGUUCCCCGUGUCGCCCAGAGUGCAUUCCCCGGUCCCAGUGGGGACGGUCAUGGGAUUGAGUGCAGAAGCAGUGUCCCCAAAUAUCCCCCUUCGCACACCUCUCACAUGUUCAAUAAAGGCUACGGCCCCAGUUUUUCAAAAAAAAAAAUGAUGAAAACUUCUCUGAUUUGGCCGCUUGGAUGGCGCCGUCGUGCCAUCAAUGAACGGACCGCCCCCCGGUGUCUUGCCAACCCGUGUGGGGGCGCUUGGGAGUCACGUGACAGCCUGGCUGUCUGUCUCGGCCCCCGAUUGGGUGAUUCACACAGUCACGAGGGGUUACAGACUUCACUUUGUACAAUCACCUGAGCGGUUCAACGGAGUGGUCUGGUCCCACACGGACCAGGGCUCCGCCCACAUUCUGGAAGACGAGAUCUCAUCUCUUCUUGAGAAGGGAGCGAUUUGAGUUGUACCCGCACAUCUAAGCAAUCAGGGGUUUUAUUCUCGUUAUUUCCUGGUCUCGAAAAAGGAUGGACAUAGACGACUGGCUUAUUGUAGGUGAUUUGAGAGAGAAUGUGAUUCAAAACACUGCCCGUGUGCUCUCACACAUCGCUGCGCUUGGUUAAUGUGUUAAAGAGCAAUUUCACUCCCGCUCAGGAGGUCAUAUUCUUGGGUCUGGAGCUGAAUUCCGUCACAAUGCACGUGCGCACGUCUUUUUAUUCAUGAACUGUCUAUCGCGGUUCAGGGAAGGGGCGAUCAUGAUGCGCAAAGUGGUUACGACGGAUGCCUCCUUGACGGGGUGGGGAGCCACCCAAGAGGGAAGAUCAGUGAACGGUGUGUGGCCAAUCUCACUUCGUUCAGCCCAUAUAAAUUACUUGGAGCUCCUCACUGUGUUGAAAGCUCUAAAGUAUUUCUUGCCCCGAGAUCAUGUGCUGGUACGCUGCGACAAUAGGACAGCUGUAGCAUACAUCAACCGUCAAGGCGGCUUGCACUCCUCCAAGCUUCACGCUCUGGCUCACAAGCUGUUGGUGUGGAGCACGCAGCAUUUUCUGUCGUUAUGGAUGACUCGCAUCCCAGGCCUUUUGAACAGGGGUGCAGAUCUGCAGAGUGGAGAGUGCAGAGUGGAGGCUCCACCUCCAGAUAGUGGGGCUGCUCUGGGAGAGGUUCGGCCAGGCUGCCUUCGAUCUCUUCGCCUCGCGCAAAAACGCCCACUGUCCUAUGUUCUUCUCGCUUCGGGACGAGGACUUCCCCCUCGGCAUGGACACUCUGGCACAUCCAUGGCCCAGCAUGCUGCUCUACGCUUUCCCUCCGCUCUGCCUGAUAUCCCCGACCCUGGAAAGGCUCGCGGUGCAGAGUUUAUCUCUGAUCCUCAUAGCUCCCAGGUGGCCCAAGACACCUUGGCUAGCGGAGAUAAUUCCUCUUCUGUAUGCAGAGUCGUGGCCCCUCCCGUUGCGUACGGACCUCCUGGCCCAGGCGAAUGGGGAGAUUUUUGCCUCACCCGGGCAGGGUGGCUCUCUGGGCCUGGCCCGUGAGAGGGUGAAUUUGAGCACGCUGGGGCUUCCCAACCUCAUGUUAUUGCCACAAUUCUGAGUGCCAGGGCCCCUUCCACAUGCUCUCUCUCUGAUUGUAAAUGGCGUAUGUUUGAGGCGUGGUGUGAGGAGCACCAGCUCGUCUCGUAUCGUACCACGGUGUCUCAUAUGGUCUUGAGUGUGGGCUCUUCGUAGCCACGUGCUACGAGGCCCGCACUCUUGUCAGCCCUGUCUGCCCGGCCUGGCUGUGCAUGUUUCCGGCAUAUGGUCUUCUCCCCGCCGUACACCCGGGUUGGUCCAUUCACAUGUUUAUUUACAUAUUCUUUUCCUGCAGGCAGCCCGCUUUUUGGACAUCAGCGGGGUUUUAACAUGCAUGUUGCCACAUGUUGUGUUUCCCUUUGGCUGAGCUUUUUGCCCCGCUCAGUAUGUUUUGUCUGCUGCUUUGUGACGUGCCGAGCACCACCUUUUUGGCCGUCCUCUGGCUUACAGGGCCUCGCUGUGAGUGUAUUGGGCAACCUGGGAGCUGUCUAUAUCUCCCAUAGGUGGAUCUCGAACACGAGA